AUGCGUCUUUUACAACUCAUCCUUCUUCUGCUGUUAAUAGCUAAGUUGGACAGCUAUAUCAUACACCGUUUGACAGAUAUCGUGAACGAGCUCAAUACCCGCCUGUUAACCAGAACGAACAUUGUGUACUGCAAGCGAUGUAAGCUGCUAAGAAACGAUUCCCACUAUCUGCAGCAAGUGGAGCCCAUCGGCCAACUGGUGUUCAAUGCUCCUUUUAAUGCCUCAAGUCUGGGCGGUGAGCUCGACAAGCCUGUGCUCUUUGUGGUGGCUGUAACGACGCCACCCUACCUAUGGAUCAAGAGCUUGGAGUAUGAAUUUCAACAUUCGCACUUUUUGUUUGUCCUCGAAACUUCAAUGGAGUCCGAAGACAGCUGGUUGCAGUUCAUCGAUCAUGCUCAGCAACUUGGCUAUGUUAAGCUCUUGCUUCACACACCUCAUAAUGGAAAUCUAUAUACAACUAAAAUGUUUCCCAAAGCUCAAUUGCUCCCCAGCAAUGUGAGCUACUACCUGGACAACCAAAACCUAUUUGAUAAUAUGCUUGGCUAUGGAAUACGCGUAGCAAGCUACCACAGUCCCCCUCGGAGCCUAAUUUACAAGGACGAGAAGGGGCAGCAGGUAUUUGGUGGAUAUUACAUGCGCCUUAUACGCGACUUUGUGAAAGCCCGCAACGCCACCUUCGUGCCCAUCUUCACCACGGACGCCUCUCCCCAGGACUGCACGGCUGCGCUGGUCGAGGAACGCGUGGAUGUCUGUGCCGAUGCAUUGGCUGCCAAUCGGGAAAAGUUUUCGCUUACCAAUGCCAUUCGCAUGGCCUACGCCAAUAUUAUGGUCGCUAAUUCGCAACCGUUAGCGACCUACUGGUACCUGCUAGCCCCUUUCCACAGCACCGUGUGGCUUUCAUUGAUUGCCUACAUUGGACUCUUAGUCAGCUUUAUGAGCUUCAUUCACUGGCGCCGACAGAAACGUUGGAUAUUUAGCAAGUUUCUGCUGGAGGCUAUAAGAAGUCUGCUAUUUACAGGUUUCAGCCUAAGGGAUCUGCGAGGACGCGAACGGUAUAUUCUCUUUGUGGUCGUUUUCAUUGCCGGAUUCAUCUUCGCCACCUUCUAUUUGGCUUUUUUGAAAAGCUUGCUGGCCACAGAAGUCUUUGAUAAACAAAUAAACAGCUUUCAGGAUCUAGUAGAGGCGAAUAAAACGAUCAUGAUGGACGAGUACAAUCUGAGCUUGAUUGGCAAGUAUAAUUUGCCCGAAAUCUUGAUGCAACUCAUUGAAAUAGUCCCAAUGGAGACGCUGAUUGCGAGUCGCAACAGUUUCGACCAGAACUACGCCUACAUACUAUUUAGCGACCGCAUGGAUCUGUUUGACUAUGUCCAGCAGUAUUUGGCGCACGCCCACAUGCGCCGCAUACCCAUCAACUUUUUCUUUCUUCACGCCGGCUUUCCCAUGCGGAAGAGCUGGUUUCUCAAGGACCAGCUAAGCGAUGCCAGGAUGUACGCUUUCGACAGCGGACUGCUGCAAAAACUGGCUUGGGACGCUAACUUCGAAACGAUGCGCGUGGGCUGGAUGGACUUCUUUGUCACGGAGUACUACGAGGCUCAGCAGUUAGGCUUGGAUUAUUUCGUCAUGCCAGCCAUAGCCCUGGGCCUCGGCUAUAGCAUGGCCUUGUUCAGUUUCCUCGUCGAGUUGGCGUCUCGGCGCAUCUGCAAGCCAGUGGCGACUGAGCCAACAGUUGAGUGA